CAGAUGGCCUGAUUCCAUCUUCCGGUUAGGGUUCCACCCGCUUAUCUUCGAUGUACCGCCACCUCUCCCUCCCCUUCCUCCGUCGCCACCGCCGCUUCCUCUCCUACGCUGCCUCCGCAUUGCCCCGAGUCCCUCCUUAUUCCCCUCGCCCGCCGCCGCCGCCGCCGCAGGUGCAUCCCGCUCUCCUUCCCGGCCAUCGCAGCCGCCACCCCACGGACCCGCUCUCGACGGCCUACGACGACCCUUCCUCCCUCCUACGCGACGACCCCAUUUCCAUCUGCUCCGCUCUAUGGGUCGACAGCUUCCGCGACCCCUCCGCCACUGCCUCCAGCCUCACCCCCCUCCUUCGCCGCCUCGAGCUCUGGGUCCUCGCGUACCAGAAGGCAUAUGCCGACGAAACCGGCUCCUACCUCCCCAAGUCCUCCGUCCCCAGCUCCGCCCUCCACUCGCUCCUCGCCCUCCGCAACGCCGUCCUCGAUGGCCGCUUCCGCUGGGGCGUCCGCCUGGACGUCCUCCUUCGCUCCCCACGCGACACCACCGACCCCGCCACCCUCUCCAAGCGCAAGCUCCGCGCCCUCCUCACCUCUGCCCAGCCGCCGCCUUUCCAGGACCGCGUGGUCCAGGAAGUCCUCCUCAUGAUCCUUGAGCCCAUUUUUGAAGCCCGCUUUUCACAGAAGUCUUUCGCCUUCCGCCCCGGCCGCAACGCCCACACCGUCAUCCGGACCAUCCGGAGGAGCUUCGCCGGCUACUUGUGGUACAUAAAAGGCGACCUCAGCACCAUUCUUGAUGGCCUUCCGACUGGAUUGAUCAUCAACGGGUUGAUCCGGGAUGUUAGGGACAAGAAAGUCGUCGACUUGAUCAAAUCUGCCCUUACCACCCCUGUGAUCACUGGUCGCCCCGUGGACAAGGAGGCUGCUAAGAAGAAGAAAACGAAGAGGAAGUAUCAGAAAAAGAGGGUCUUGGCCGAAGAUGAGCCAAAGCCUGAUCCAUACUGGCUUCAGACCUUCUUUGGCUUUGCACCGGAGGAGGCUGAGAAGCAGCCAAAUUGGGGGCAUUGCGGGGCCUUAAGCCCUUUGCUCGCCAAUGUGUGUCUCGAUGAACUUGACAAAUGGAUGGAGGGGAAGAUUAAGGAGUUCUAUCGGCCAUCAAAGUCCGACGCAAUAUGGACUGGGGAUGAUGUUGAGCAGGGGAACACCUCAUGGCCAGAGUUUGUUCCAACAAGUGGGCCUGACAAGACCAGAAAGAUGGACUAUGUUCGGUAUGGUGGUCAUUUCUUAAUUGGUGUUAGAGGUCCGCGUGCAGAUGCUGCAGUGCUAAGGAAACAGCUAAUUGAAUUCUGUGACCAAAGGUACCAGCUCAAGCUUGACAAUGAGAGUCUCCCAAUCGAGCACAUCACCAAGGGGAUCAUGUUUCUGGAUCAUGUACUUUGCCGCAGGGUGGUAUACCCUACGCUAAGGUAUACAGCGACUGGGGGGAAAAUCAUCAGUGAGAAAGGUGUAGGUACACUUCUGUCAGUCACAGCAAGUCUAAAACAAUGCAUCAAACAGUUCAGGAAGCUGGAGUUCCUUAAAGGAGAUCGGGAUCCUGAUCCACAGCCUUGUUUCAGAAUGUUUCAUGCAACACAGGCACACACCAAUGCCCAGAUGAAUAAGUUCUUGCAAACUAUGGCAGAGUGGUACCGAUACGCUGAUAACCGCAAGAAGGUCGUGAACUUUUGUUCUUAUAUCGUUAGGGGAUCACUGGCCAAGCUGUAUGCUGCGAAGUACAAGCUUCGGUCUAGGGCAAAGGUCUACAAGAUUGGGUCAAGGAAUCUUAGCCGUCCGUUGAAGGAUAAAAAAGGGCAGUCACCUGAGUAUCAAAACCUUCUGAGGAUGGGUCUUCUGGACUCGAUUGAUGGUCUUCAUUAUACCCGGAUGUCUCUGGUUCCUGAAGCAGACUAUACCCCAUUUCCAAGUGGGUGGAGGCCAGAUCAUGAGAAAUUUCUUUUGGAAUACAUAAGACUGUUGGAUCCCAAAACCCUAGAGGAGCAGCGAUGUUGCCUUAGGGAAGAGGGGCUUAUAACACCACAAGAUUAUGUUUCCUUACUAGUCUGGAACUACAAAAAGAACACCCUUAUGUUGGCCCCUCUAGGGGAGAGUAAUUUAUUUAAAGUUAAAGAAGAGCUUCCGGGAUCAGUCAGUAAUGAAACUAAGGAUGGGAUGGGUGAUGACGAAGCGAGCGUAGAUGCUUUGCAGGCUGCACAUAUGUGAGAUAUUAAGUGCCACCAUUAGAGUUGCUUCAUGUUUUUAUACUGUUUAAUAUGCAAGAACUGAAAGAAGUAUGAAAACAGUUCUUUGUAUGACCAGGUUAGAAAGGGUAAAUUGAAAUGUAUUUUUCACUAAAUUGUUUGAGAAGAUUAUUAUUAUUUCCAGGAAACGAAAAAGAAAGUAUAUGCAUCUUGGAGUCA